UGCGGCAGCCAUAUUGGAUGGGUCGAUUCUCAGGCAGACAUACUUGAGCAUUGUUAACUUUCUCAGCGACGGCUUCUUGUGUACGUAUUACAUGUGGCGGAAAUGGCUAGCAAAGGUUUGCUUGACUACAGACAGUCAUUGGAUGUUGUUUCUAGAAGGAGAUACGAUGAAAAAUGUGCGUUGAUUGACAAAAUAGAGCCAUAUCAACUUGACAAGACGAAAUGGAGCAAAGACAUUAAUCUUUGGGCAGGUGUGACGUGCGCAGACAUUUUUAUGUAUUUAGUGAACUUCACGAGUGCUUACACUGUAGAAGAGCUGAAAUGCUACAAAGGAUUGGAUGCAUACAAUCAAUUCAUCAGCGGCUGGGUACGAGAUGUAGCUGUGUAUAAAAUCAACGAUCUUUGCCUGCACACUGCACGAGUGAUGCAUUCUCAAAGAUUAAGCGACACACCACUGACACCGUGGAUUAUCAUCCAAACAGAUGGAAAGGUCCUUGCAGCACAUUGUAACUGCAUGGCGGGAUUAGGAGAGUCAUGUACCCAUGUUGCAGCACUUCUCUACAGCAUUGAGGCCACCGUCAUAGUGCGAAAUUCAAAGACAGUCACCCAGGAGAAAGCGUACUGGCUUCCAGCAAGUGUAAAAGGGGUAAAUUACAGCACUCUUAAAGAUAUUGACUUCACAUCUGCCAAGACUUUUUAUAGAAAGCCCUUGAUUGUCAACUUGCUGGAACACCAGUAACUCCACGUACACAGCAAGAGCUUAGAGUUGCUAGCCCUCCAUCUGAGGAAGAACUGUCAUUGUUUUUUCAAGGACUUAGUGCAACCGCGGCAAGAUCAGCCAUUCUGAGUGUAAAAGUGCCAUUUCAAAAGGACUUUAUUCCAACUCCUGUAAGUGCUAAUUUUCCCAUGAUACUGUCUGGAUUAUUUGACAAGGAACUUUUAAGUGCUAGUUUCAGUGAAAUCAUGAAGAAAUGUGAAAAGCAUCAGAUUGCGGUUUCUGAGCAAGAGGCAGCUACUGUGGAAAGUGCUACAAAAGAACAAUGCAAUUCUAAGCUCUGGCAUAGAUUCAGGAGUGGUAGAGUGACAGCAUCAAAAAUGUUUUCAGUGUGUCACAGUAACCCAGCAGCACCAUCUCGGAGCCUAGUCACGUCCAUUUGCUAUUCAGCCGAGACAACAUUU